AUGUCGCGGGCCCGCGACAUUGUCGCCCCCAGCAACCAUCCUCCAGUCCUGGCCUUCUCCGCCAAUCUCCCACCAGUCAUCCACCAGUCGCUCUCCAGUGACUCACUCCACCCCUCCGCCAAGCACUCCGUAGUGAACCAUUCCCCGUCGUGCUCUCCAACUGAUCACACCAUCGCCCAAUUUACAACUGUGGUUCGCAAGGCACUCUCGCUUCCAUCUCGCUUUGUAUUACCCGCCCGAUUUGCAACUAUGCCAUCACCAGCCAAGAAGCUACGCCUCGACCCAGCAGUCUACUCCAGCAAAUGGUACCCCCACAAUAACCAUCUUCCGCUCAAAUGGUUCACCAAGUACUUGGACGACGCCAACAAGCCGUUCUACCAGUUGCAGGCCUUGCGGGAACACCAGCACGCCAGGUUGGCUGAGGCCAACCGCCUGCUGCCCGGCUCGUCUUCGCAACCAGCAGUAGCUUACGUGCUUACCAGAGACUUCCGGCUUGCCGACAACCCAGCUCUCUACCACGCCAGCGAGCUCGCAGCUGCGCUCGAGGCACCACUCGUAGUAGUGUAUCCCUACUCGCUAGAGUCACUUCAGGCCCAUGGCACCAGUGCCUGGAGCCUCCUUCUCCAGUUCGACUUGUUGCAGCUUCUUUCCCGGGCGUUUUCCGCCAAAAACGUGCCAUUGGUGGUGCUCAACGUCCCCGAGAAGAACAAGCUCGACUCGCUGUUGGUGUCGUUUUUGGCCUCCAACAAUGUCGGCUACGUGUUUGCCAACAUCGAGUACGAGGUGGACGAGCUCCGCCAGCACAUCGCCCUCGCUUCAUGCUCCAAAUUCCAGUUUUUCUGCUUUCACCACCAGUGUGUGGUAGAACCUGGCAAGCUAGCCACCCAGAAGGGCACCCAAUAUUCGGUGUUCACCCCCUGGUACCGUUCGUGGAACGCCUACGUCAAGGCCAACAAAAACAUUUUGCACCCAUUGCCGGAACCCGAUUUUGCGAACCAACCAUCGUUCGACUUGUCUCGCUACUCCAAGCCGGAGUACCAGUUGCCCGAGUUUCCGUGGCAGUUCAAGGGCGAAGACUACUACAAUGAGCACUACCGUGUCACAGACUUGAACCAGCCGUUGGAACAUUUUCGGGAUGCCAUUCCAACCAUUUUGGACUAUGAAAACGUCAAAUUGGACGUCAACAAGCCUACCAGUUCCAUGUCCCACUAUCUUGCAGUCGGUGCCAUCACUACCAGAAUCUUGAUCGAGGAGCUCCACAAGGCUAAGGCCAUCAAGACCAUCGAUUCGGGCAACAGCAACGCAGUGUCAUAUGUGAGACAGCUUGCAUGGCGCGAUUUCUAUCGUCACAUCCUUUGCAACUGGCCUCAUGUCUGCAUGAACCGUCCCUUCCAGUUGGACUACCUUGAUGUGAAAUGGGAGCAGCUGGACGAAACUGCGCUCUCGAAGUGGUGUGAAGGAAAAACAGGUUUCCCGAUUGUGGAUGCGCUGAUGAGACAAUUGAAACAGACUGGGUACAUGAACAAUCGUUCCAGAAUGAUUGUGGCAAGUUUCUUGAGCAAAAACUUGCUCUUGGACUGGAGACUUGGAGAGGCCCAUUUUAUGGAGAAUCUCAUUGAUGGGGAUUUCGCAUCCAACAACGGAGGGUGGGGAUUUUGCGCAAGCGUGGGCGUAGACCCCCAGCCCUAUUUCAGAGUGUUCAACCCUUACUUGCAAAGCGAAAAGUUUGAUAAAGAGGGGACUUUCAUCAAGAAGUGGGUGCCCGAAUUAAAAGAUAUUGAAGGAAAAAGUAUCCAUAAUCCUUAUGGAUCCAAAAUCUCUGCCAACUAA